AUGCAAAAUAUGAGCCAAACCCAGAUCACAUUCAAUGUCAGUGAUUACUACGAAAUCAAGGAUAUAGUUGGUGAGGGGGCUUAUGGCAUCGUCUGUUCGGCCAUUUACAAGCCUUCGCAGCAGAAAGUGGCCAUCAAGAAGAUCCAGCCGUUCGAGCGGACAAUGUUCUGUUUAAGGACGUUGCGCGAGUUGAAGCUACUCAAACACUUCAACCAUGAGAAUAUCAUCGGAAUAUUGGAUAUCCAGAUUCCGUAUGACUUUGACAGCUUCAACGAGGUGUACUUAAUCCAAGAACUCAUGGAGACAGAUUUGCAUCGGGUCAUCAGGACUCAAACUUUGAGCGACAACCACUGUCAGUACUUUAUCUAUCAGACACUUCGUGCAUUGAAGGCAUUGCAUUCCGCCAACGUGCUCCAUAGAGACCUUAAGCCUUCGAACUUGCUGCUGAAUUCCAACUGCGACCUCAAGAUCUGCGAUUUUGGACUCGCGCGUUCGGUGGCCUCCCAGGAGGACAACUUUGGGUUCAUGACCGAGUACGUGGCUACGAGAUGGUACCGUGCGCCGGAGAUCAUGCUCACAUUCCAGGAAUACACCACCGCGAUCGACGUGUGGUCGGUUGGCUGCAUUCUCGCAGAAAUGCUUUCGGGCAGACCGUUGUUCCCAGGAACCGACUACCACAACCAGUUGUGGCUGAUCAUCGACGCUCUGGGCACUCCGCUGAUGGAGGACUACAGCUCCAUCAAGUCGAAGCGGGCCAAGGAGUACAUAAGGACACUUCCGUUUAGAAAGAAGAAGAGUUUCCACGAGCUUUUCCCCAACGCCAAUCCUGAUGCCAUAGAUCUGUUGGAGAAACUGCUCACCUUCAACCCGAAAAAGAGAAUCACUGUCGAGGAGGCACUGGACCAUCCUUACGUUUCGUUCUACCACGAGCCAAACGACGAGCCUGUUGCAGAAAAGAUCCCCGACGACUUUUUCGACUUUGACAAGCGCAAGGACGAUUUGUCUCUUCUGGAGUUGAAGAAGAUGCUCUAUGACGAAAUCAUGGAGCCACUGAAUAUGAGCGAAGCAUAA